UCAAAAAUGUCACCCAAUUUUGUUUUUCAAUACUUCUUAUUGUGCUUGUAGUUCUUAUUUAUCAUGCAUUAAAAUUUAUUUAAACUUACAAUUGUUAUUACUUUUUUUGGACAUUCUGUAUAAUUAAACAUAUCAUCUUCAUUUUCUUGAAAGUAAAUAUGAAAAUCUCAUCUUAUUUUCAAAUUAUUCGAAAUUAAAUUAAAUUGUUUGUAUUUCCAAUGCCCCUGCGUGCUUGAAACAUGCUUAUCUCCAGUGGUGGGAUUCAAAUUUUUUGUCAGCCGGUUCCUUCACAAAAGUUAAAUUUUUCAGCCGGUUCUGUUACAAACAGAAAAUUGACAGUAACCAGUAAUGCUAACCGGUUCGCUGAUCUCAUAAAAUUCUGUGAAACGGUUCUGUAGAACCGGUGCGAACCGGCUGAAUCCAACCACUGCUUAUAUCUUAUUUCACAAGGCGAAUGCAUCACUGUAAGUGGUGGAAUGGCCCAAAUCAACAUCUAUCAAUCUGGCGAGCCGAUACUGGCGAUCUACAGUGAUGCUAUGACAUCAGAAUGCAAUGUCGGAGGUGGCGGAGGAGCUGGCUCUGGUACUGGUGGUAAUGGAGGCGGCGGCGGCAACGUAGCAACAACCUGCACUGACUGUACUUGUGCCGACAGUGAAAAAGUAGAUUGCGGCGAAUUGGCGAGCACAGAGGCUACUUGCACUGCUUCAGGGUGCCUCUGGUGCCCCGCUGGGUCUGGUUCGACAGCCCCAUGGUGCUUUUACAAGGCCGCGGAAAGUACUGGCACGACAACGGCCCCAGGAAAUGGCGGUGGUAGCACAGGUGGAACGGGCGGCAACACUUGUACAGAUUGCACUUGCCCUGAUAAUUUAAAAGAAGAUUGUGGCGAACUCGCCAGUACAGCCGAUUCUUGUGCGGCAGACGGAUGCUUAUGGUGCCCACUUUCAACAAGAGCUGAUAUUCCGUGGUGCUUCCAUCCAAUCGGAACAAUAUCUUCGACCACAGCGCCACCUGACGGUGAAGGAUCAGGUGGUGGCGGUGGAGGAGAUGUCCAAUGCUCAGACUGUUCCUGUCCUUCAGAGGCUAAGACAGAUUGUGGUUUCAUGGGAAUUACUUCGACCGAAUGCGUGAACAGUGGAUGUUUAUGGUGUCCAUCUGAAGGUACGAGUGAUCCAUGGUGUAUUCAUGUAUCUGAGAGCACUGGAGGGGGUGGCGGAGAAGUCAGCUGUUCUGUAACGGAAACUAGUCGUCAAGAAUGUGGUUAUUAUGGAAUCCAACAAAAUGAAUGCGAGAACAACGGCUGUUGCUGGGCUGAGUCCAAUCUUAGCGGAGUACCAUGGUGCUACACCGCACUCUAGAAAAAUUACAUCAUCAAUGAUGAUGUAAAUACCAAUCAUGACGUCAUAUUAUCAAUAAUUCUAUUUUAAUUUUUGAUCCAGAAUUCUUAAUACAUGAAUUUUG